AUGUCUAAAUUCUGGCCCAAGGGAGGCCUUCCCGGUAUUCUGCACCACUACACCGAAACUCUCGUCGCAUUCGAAUAUGCAUCCAGCACCGUCCGUCAACCCCACAGUCUCCUCUUCGUAGGAGGUCUCGGCGACGGUCUCGCGACAACAUCCUACAUGGCCGAUCUCGCACGCGCAUUGCAAAACUCAGAAUGGUCCCUUUUCACUCUGAACCUCACAUCUUCCUACCAAUCAUGGGGUCUUGGACAUCUCGACCGUGAUACAAACGAGAUCGCCCAAUGUCUGGAAUACAUCAAGAGCUACAAGGCCGACAAAUUCGGCGGUGGCAAGCUUGCCAUGAUGGGUCAUUCAACUGGUAGCCAGUGUGUGUUACAUUAUCUAUCCCAAUCAAACCCCCACACCGAUAUUCCAGCGUUCGACUCGGGCAUCGAGCACAUUAAACGCCCCGCCCUCGACGGAGCAAUCAUGCAAGCACCGGUUUCUGACCGCGAGGCUAUCUUCUGGGUCUUGAAGUGGGGUAUUGGUGACACAACACCUGAAAAGGCACGUGCUGUAUACGACGAGAUGGAGAAGCUGGCUAGGGAAUCUGUGGCUGAGAACAAGCCCCACGAUGACAUGCUGCCUCUAUCUUUGACUUCUAUGAUCUAUCCUGCCAAUACACCAAUUAGCUGUCGCAGAUUCCUGAGCCUUGUCAGCCCGGAGAGUCCUCAAUCACCUCAGGAGGAUGACUUAUUCAGUUCCGAUCUGAGCGAUGACCACUUUGGAACCACGUUCGGCAUGAUCCAGAAACAGGGUCUGUUGAACCAUAAGUUGAUGGUGUUGAUUUCUGGGAAAGAUCAGUCCAUCCCUGAUUGGGUUGAUAAGGAGAAGAUGUUGGCCCGGUGGAAGAAGGCCACUGAUCACGAUGGCAAAUAUCAGAUUUGGGAUGACAAGCACACUGGUAUCAUUCCCAAUGCUUCUCAUGCAUUGAGUAAUGAUGACCAAGCCGAGCCGCGAAAGUUCCUUGUUGAAAGGGUGCUGGGAUAUUUGAAGACUGCAGAAGAAAAGGCAUAA